AUGCAGUCCACAACCAAGCUUCGAAAGCAGAACUCUUCAUGCGAUCAGUGUCGCCGGUCAAAGCGACGAUGCGGUAUGCCUGGGGAUGUCUCAUCUGAUGCUGUUCGUACUUGUUUGAACUGUCUGCGCCUUGGCCACAAUUGUACCUUUGACUUUGUCACUUCUCGGAAACCACAGAAGAGACAGAAAACUCCGUGUACUCCAGCACCGAAUGCCGCAGAAUCGGCGGGUAACGGUUCACUCCUUGAUGAUGUGGAAGAGUCGCCUUUUCCCUCUUCGACAUAUCCUGACAUUCCAAAUCCUGUCUCAAAUGCCUCCUUGUGGCAACAACUGUUAGGAUUAGGCACCCCAGCUGGUGACAUGUUUUUGGAGAAUCUUGCCUCGGAAUGGGCCAAGGUUAUGCCUAAUAACCAGAAUACUGAAAAUUCACGUCGGCCGACGGAAUCUUGUGAUACUGUUGUGGUAGCAACAGAAGCAACUGAUCGCCGCGACGAAAAGGCCGUUGCAGCCAGGGGCAGGAACUUGAUAGGCUCAUGGCGAGGAUCUCCAAUUCGCCUCCUCAAUUCGAGUGUUGAACUACUGUUGCUCAACCAGAGCUUGGGCGAGAUAUAUGAAUGCAUGAUGUCUGGAAUUGCCAUCAGAUACCUGGACUACAACUGCAAUCUUUUCGCAGGAUCUUAUCGGUAUUCGUUUGAUGCCGAUUGCCCUGAGCCCGCAAUAUCGGAGCAGGAGUCGACAAAGACCUUGGCCACAACCUAUACAGCUGCAUGGAAACAAAAGACUCCGAGCAGCUCUAUGAACCCUCGGAUUCAAAGCAAACUCUCACUCGAGAUUUUGUCGAGCCAGAUCAACAAGGUUACUAUGAUCGGCAUUGCUAGAUUUCUUGAUAACUUUGGUUCCUUGUAUGGGAAUAUAAUAGACGCAAAGGCGCGGAAACAGAACGAGCGCACCUUGACGGCAGUCUUGCAGGCAUUUGCUCUUCAAUUCGGCCCUUGUCGCCAGGACAAAGAAUCAAGAGACCAUCAACCUAAUCCUUUCGAGACAGCUGGUCAUGUAUCUAGCUUAGACACAUCCUUGGAAGCUUCUACCAGUACAAACACUCCCAUGUUUAUUACUGCCUGGCUAAACGCUUAUGCAUUUCUGGCUGAGCCGCAACAGUGCCGCUCUUUCCUCCGCUUGUAUGCGGUCUUCCUCUUCAUGAUGACUACCAUGCCAUCGGAGGCACAAGUGGACGGGCGUGUCCAUGUUGACGCUCUUGAUAUCCUUGAUGAUGCGCUCAGGCAAAUGCUGGAGUUACGUGAGCUGAUAGACAGCUACUGCUCUCAUCUCGACAAUAUGUCGAUAUACAAAUUCCUCUUCCAAUCGUCCUUCGGCAUCUUUGGCUGGUAUGCAUAUCUGCGAGAUACAAUUGCUUCGGUAUUGAACCCGCGGACAUUCAUCCUUGAUGAUGCGCCUUUGCCAUUAAAAGGUUUACAGUCACCGCCAGCAGCAGUAACCACUGAGACUGCAUGGGGUCAUUUCAAUACUUUUGAUACCGGGGUACCAUCAAGCUGUCAGAACGCUGCUGGUGAUCUUUUCCAUCUCUUUAGACAAGUUGUCAGACUCAGAGAGGCCACUUCUGCAUCAGAAACAAGGUUCGAUGUGAUCAAUCUGCGAGACCGAGUUUAUGAAUCCAUAGCUACGAUGGAGGCGUAUACGUCCUUGUACGGGUCAUGGCUUGAGCAGUGCAUCAUCUCUUUCUAUGUACUCUCGGAAAAGUCCAAACUGUCAUCAGCAUUUCUACUUUUAUUCUGGAACCUUGCACGCUUCCAACUAGUUGAGCAGUUGCAUUUUGCUACGGCCCUUCUUCUUGCCGACGAAAAAUGCCAAAUAUUGGAACGAGCUCAAUUUUUUCAAAGCUCAGCAGUGCACUCUGCCGCCGCUACAGCACGCCGCAUUGUCGACGUCUCAUCCACGGGGCAAUUUAAACUGCUGAAUAGCACACAAGCACGACUACAAUUCAUCUGCCAUCACGCCAAUACAAGCCUGGUUGUCUUGUCCCUCGUUAAAGCCGUAGAACAUACCAUCGAUCUAAAUAUUCCAUCAGGAUGCGGAGAUACGAGUACCUGCAAUCUAUCGACGAGUCUGGAUUCUACUGACCUGUGGAUGGAUGAUGUCAAGCCAAUUUUGACUUGUCUUCUCGCCAUGGGGACAACAAUCUCUGGCUCAUAUACAGCGAGACCAGCGCUACAGCAGCUUAUGCAACAAUACGGUGACAUCCUGAUGGACUGUUGGUCUCAUGAAGAAUCUCUGGAUGUCAUCUGAUGAGAGGGAUAUAGACAUGCGAAGCAGAGGGCCAGGAUCCUUCUCCGUCUCAGACAGAAGGUUAACUGUACCCACUCAACGUUGACAACAUUAUAUCCGUGACACCAGCAGUGACAUAUCAUCAUCAUUGACGCUGACAGCUCUCUGUGAAAGGCGUGUCUGAUGAUGUUUGCUUCAGAAAUGUAUCUCCAGAAAUGUAUCUCUUGUCUGGAAUUUUUGGUGCUUAUUUCAUGUCCAAAAAAAGAGACACCUGCGGAUCCGGAGGCCGAGGUGCUGACUUAGCAGACUCAGGCUCCGAGGCUGAACUCCUACAUCACAAUACUCCU